AUGGACUGGAGAAAAAGGUUAUCGAUUGCGGUUGAUAUAGCCAAAGGGUUGAGGUAUCUGCAUGGGUUGGACCCGCCUGUUAUUCAUGGUGAUGUGAAGCCCAGUAAUGUUCUGCUGGACCGCAACUUCUCGGUCAAGAUUGCCGAUUUUGGGCUUGCCAGGUUGAAAUCGGAGAGUCAGGUAGUGAUUGAUGUGUGCAAGAUCAAUAAUGGGGUAGAGGGGAAGAAGGAGGAGCUGGAGACUAAUGGUGGAUGUGAUUAUGGGUCUGUGGUUGAGGAAACUGAGAGUGUGGCAACUACUGGGUUCGAGGAGUUCAAUGUCGGUGUUGAUCAGUCGCCGGAGAAUCUAGCAAAGCUUCCAAUUUCGCCGGAGACGUCAGUGACGCCACCGUCUCCGGUGUCCCCAGAAGGAGAUUUUGAUAAGGGUAGUUUGGAUGACGGAGGGAAACAGAGAGUGAAUAAAGAUUGGUGGUGGAGACAGGACAGUGGGGGUGUCAAGGACUAUGUGAUGGAGUGGAUUGGAAAAGAGAUUGGGAAUGAUAGGCCCAUUGGAACCACAGCUUCGUCCAGCAGUGAAAUGGUUGAGAAUUGCGAGAAGAAGAAGAAGAAGAAGAAGAAGAAGGAUAGUAAGAGAUUGGAGUGGUGGAUAUCAAUGGACGAGGAAAAGAUUGCAAAAAAUUCGAACAAGGAGAAGAGAAGGCCUGCGAGGGAAUGGUGGAAGGAGGAGUAUUGUGAUGAACUUGCAAAGAAGAAGAAGAAAAAGAAGGAAAAGAAGCAACCAAAAGGAAUGAGCUUUGAUGAGAAUGAGGAUCACUAUUGGCCGGACGACGAAGAAUUGUUUGUGGAGAGUAAGAAGAAGAAGAAGAGUAGGAGCAAGAGUUGGGGCAGUAUGAGUAGUAUUGAUUGGUGGUUGGAUGGAAUGAGACGAAAUAAUAGUCAUGAUUCUGGGGAAAUUCCCAAAAGUGGUGGCAUUAGUAGUACUCCGAGCAUGAGAGGGACAGUGUGUUAUGUUGCCCCUGAAUAUGGUUAUGGUGGUGAUCCUUCUGAGAAGUGUGAUGUUUAUAGUUUUGGGGUCUUAUUAUUGGUUGUUAUAGCCGGAAGGCGGCCACUGCAGGUAACCAAUUCGCCUCUAUCCGAGUUCCAAAAGGCGAAUUUGUUGUCGUGGGCUCGCCAUCUUGCCCGUGCAGGGAAGCUUGUUGAUCUUGUAGAUAAGUCCAUUCAUUCUUUGGAUCGAGAAGAAGCGAUCCUUUGCAUCACUGUGGCAUUGGUUUGCUUGCAAAAGGUGCCUUCUCGCCGGCCCUCAAUGAAAGAGGUUGUGGGGAUGCUGACGGGUGAGUUGGAACCACCCAAACUACCGCCUGAAUUAACCACUUCAGCUAAGUCACGCUUCCCAUUUAAGUCCCAUACAAAGGUCCGGUGA